ACCAGAUAUCAUUCAACUUUUUGUUACCUUAAAAAGCUUCUCUAACCAUGACUCUAAAUCUUGAGGCAUUACCAAACCCAUCCAACCUUUCUGCCACAAUAAAAAAGAGUGCUAUCACUGAACCCCAUACCUUUCAUACUUCACCUAGCUUCCACAAAAAAUGCCCAGAAAAAGAUUACCCAUGCUCCAAAAGGUCUCAAACCUUCUCAAAAUUUCCAUUUUUAUUGCCAAAAUGAGAAAACCCAUUAUUCCAAAACUCAUUUCUCUUAAGAAAGCAAGAAGGCUUAAGAGGUUCAAGCAUUACAACUAUGGGUUCCUUCAAGAUUACCAGUUCUCUGCUUCAAGCACUCCCCUCAUUCAUUACCACCGCAGAAACCAUUUCAAGAGCAGUAGGCUUCGAGAUAUCUAUUCGAUGUUCUUUCUGUGUAGAUGUUUGGGUAGCUUCAGAGAUGCAGAUUGCACAUUAGAAGCUCUGCCUGCUUUCCCUGCAUUACAGGAUACCAUUGCAGCAAGGCAGUUUUUGGAGCCAUCAGAUCCGGGUGAUGAAGAAGAUUCAGUUGAUCAGAGGGCUGAGAGGUUUAUUCAGAGGUUCUAUGAAGAGAUCAGAAUGCAAAGGCAGGAAUCAAUUUAGCAAGUCAAUGAAGUGGAUAUGGAUUUGCUCAAAAAAAAAAAAAAA